AUGGGAUCGGGGCUGGUGGGGCGCGCUCACCCCCUGCGGCUCGAGCUCCGGCUUCGCGGGCGGCGGCGGCAGCAGCGGCGGCGGCAGCAGCGGCAGCACCUCCUCGACGGCUCCUCCAUCUUUGCGGCGGCUCCUCCGGCUCCGCUCGCCGCCGCCACCAACAACAACAUUCGAGACGUCACUGCCGUCACCAAGCUGGAUGUCGGCUCGCAGAGACCCAGCUGGCUGCAGCCUGCCCUGAGCCCCGCCCACCCCACGGUUCGGAGAGAGUCAGCCUCGCGUCCAAAGCCAGACCUUGGCGCCUCACCAGGUGUCCAGCCUCCUUGCCUCCACCUCCCAACCUUGGAAGAAGACCGUCCUCGAGAGGCUUGUGGAGAGGGAGGAGACGCUGAGUGGCGGCGGCUUCGAAAGCGGCCUAGGACGCCAGCCCGCAGCUUCCCGACCACCCACCUUCGGUCGCCACCUGGGUUGCAAAGACGCCUCUCUCCGAGCUCGCCCCAGAGACUCUGUCGCCCGGACUCUGACCCUGCCACCUGGGCCAAGGCCGAGGCCCCGGCAUGCAGUCUGCAGAAGCUGUUUGCUGUGGAAGAGGAGUUUGAAGAUGAGGAUUUCUUGUCGGCUGUGGAGAAUGCAGAGAACCAGUUUGCUGGCUCACGGCCUGUGAAUGCUGGGUGCCUGAGACCUGUCUCUUCCCGGCCACAGGAGGCCCAGCUACUGCCAUGCCCCACUGCUCCUUCAGAGGCUGCGGGCCUGCCAGCCCUGGGACUCCGCCUUUCUACCUCCGGCAUGCCCAGGGCCGUUGGGGGUCCACCUUCCACAGGAGCAGCUCCCCUAAGGCCUGUCUCAAUGUCCAGCAGCUGGACUCGCAAUCAGGGAAGAGUGACACUGACAGAAGUGCUCAGUGAGACCCCAGUAAGACCCCAGUCCUCAGUCUCCCACCCCCAGCUCACCUUCAAGAGCAAACAGCAGGUGAUUGGUGGCUUUGAGGGGCCUGAACAAGAUGAAUUUGAUAAGGUCCUGGCAAGCAUGGAGCUGGAGGGCCCCGGCAUGGAGCUGGAACUUGGAGUUAGCGGUGAGGCCACAGGAAUCCUGCCCACCUGGCGGCGGGAGGACUCAACAUUGGCUAAAAAGGCCCGGGCAGCUGAUCUGAGCAGACCUUGCCAAAAGGGGCCCAUGCCUGCAACCCACAUAACUGGUAUCCCGUCAGCCCGGGAUGCGCCCCUGGAUCCUGUUGUCCGCUGUGGGACUCCACAGUCCCGCUUGAGGCCUGGUGCCACGGGUAACCUUCCUGUCCCAACUGCCUCAGUGGUUCGCGGUCAGCAACCCCAUUGGGAAGUCUCUCCCGAUGGUCCCCCUCCUCAAGCACCCCAGCCUCUCCAAGCUGCUGGCAGGCUCGUUCAGAGCAGCCCUCAAAAUCAUUUCCCUGGUCAGCCAUUCCAGUCUCCAAAUGCCUGCUUAACUGGCAAACCUCAUUUUCUUACACCACGAACUCCCAACUCAAGCUGUGCUACUCCCUCAAGGACUAUCUCUGGAUUAUUUCCUCGGGGGCCCUUCCGGCCCCGAGCUCCAGCAUCUUCUGUCGAGUCUCCUGUCAGCACCCUGAAGGGCCCCCGUCCUUCCCCAGUCCCUCAAGCCGCUCUGCAGAUGCCCAUCGUCACGAACCACCUGGUGCGGCUGGUCACUGCUGCCAACCGGACACCCCAGCAGUCCACCUGCACCUCCACCCGCGCCAAAACGCGCCGCUUCCCCGGCCCAGCAGGGCUCCUGCCUCACCAGCACAGUGGGAAAAAUCUGGACGACAUCAUGGUUUCCACGCCCCAGACUCCGACUCAUGGUGCUCUGGCUAAAUUCCGGACAGAGAUUGUUACUAGUUCCCAGGCAUCGGUGGAGGAGGACUUUGGGCGAGGGCCCUGGCUGACCAUGAAAUCUGCUCUGGGCCUGGAUGAGAGAGACCCUACCUGUUUCCUCUGUACCUACAGCAUCAUCAUGGUGCUGCGGAAGGCAGCCCUGAAGCAGCUGCCCAGGAACAAAGUCCCCAACAUGGCAGUGAUGAUCAAGUCCCUGACUCGGAGCACAGUGGACGCCAGUGCGGUUUUCAAGGACCCCACGGGAGAGAUGCAGGGCACGGUGCACAGGUUGCUGCUGGAGACACGCCAGAAUGAGCUGAAGCCUGGCUCAGUGCUGCUGCUAAAGCAGAUCGGAGUGUUCUCUCCUUCACUCCGAAAUCACUACCUCAACGUGACGCCCAACAACCUGGUCCACGUUUAUAGCCCAGAUUCUGGGGAUGGGAACUUCCUCAAGCCGUCUCAGCCCUUCCCCACGGAUCCAGGAAGCUUCCAUGAAAGCCUCCAGCAUGAGACCGAGAAGCCUGGGAAAGGCCUCAGAAUAGCACAGAACCCAGAGGCAGGGGCGUCACCUGAGAAAGAACUCCCAGAAGCAGAUGACCUAGAUGGACUCCUGAGCGAGCUCCCUGAGGACUUCUUCUGUGGGACCAGCAGUUGGGACUCCCCCAAGGCAGGGCACCCCCCAUGAGCCGGCAGCCUCUCAGCACCCAGGCAAAGCUCUGGUUGUGUCUGAUCACGUCCCGGGGAGAGAGGAAGACCAACACAAUUGGAAAACAAAGUUCCGGGACUUCUCUGGCUGCUCCCACCC